GUGACGCCAAGUUGACCGUGAGACACCAACCUAGACCCAGAACGAUGCAGCGAGCGCGGCUCUGGUUUCUUGUGGGUCUCCUUCCUGCGGCCGUCAAGGCGCUGGCGGGCGAACCAAGUUCGUCGACAGAGGUUGCGGAGCUUCUACGAGAGAUGCACCAGGAGAUGGCGGCAACAGCUGCCAGGAACGAUGCCAGGAUGUCGGCGAUGCAAGCUGAGAUUGAGGCGCUCAAGUCUGCGAACGGCACGGAUGCGCGCCAUGCGCCCCCGCACGGCACAGGUUCGCACGGCGCGGGCGCGCUCGGCGGGGGCUCAGCUGACUUCAUGGCAAUGCCAAAUUGCUCCAUGCCUGCGCACACGAUUGAAACGACCGCCAUGAAGUCAGCUGCCGGCCGCCGCUGGUGCGAAAUCCUGCGGUCAGCGUCGGCCGCCACGCUCAUGCUCAUGAGCCCGCCAAACUCCAACCCUCGCUAUCAGCAGGAGGCGUACAUGCGCAGCCCACGGUUUGAAGCGAUUGCAGGCAUGGGCUUCCACACGGACGAGAGUGGGUGUGCGGUGCCGCAUUUCCUCUCGCAGCUCGGCCAGGACUGGUGGAUCUACAUGAAUCAUGCUCGUUUCAUGAAGCGCCAAGGCACCUACGUCGACCUUGCGGCAAACGACGCCAUGGUCAUCUCCAACACCUUUUUCUUUGACACGUGCCUGGGCUGGAGAGGCGUGUGUGUCGAGCCCAAUCCGGCGCACCAUGCGCGGCUGCGUAGCGAGCGCACGUGCGCCCUCGAGGCGCGGGCCGUCUCCACGUGCGCAAAGUAUGGAGACGCCGCACUGCAACUCGUCACACGAGAUGACGCUGGCGACAAGAUUGGUGGGCACUCGCACCUGGGCUCGCCAAUGCCCGGUGACCGCGCGCAUCGUGCAUCUGUCGUCAAGAUUGCGGGCUGCACCUCGUUCACGGAUGCGCUCGCCUCUCAACAGAUUGAUCAUGUCGACUUCCUCUCUCUCGAUAUAGAGGGCCACGAAGUGGCGGCGUUGCGGUCGCUCGAUUGGGCGAAGGUCACGAUCGACAUCAUAAUCUCGGAGAAUCCCAGAGUGGUGCCGCUCCUCUGCGGCGAGCAAAACUAUAGCCAGGUGAGCAUUUUCAGUUCUGGCCAGGCAGAGCGCGCAUACCUACGACCAGGCUUCCGAUUGCUCGCUGAGGUGAACGGCGAACAAGUGCAUCGGGUGCCACGGCCAAAAGGCAUGGGCGGCGGGCGGGUUCGGCGGCGUUGACCUUCGUUGCGCGUUGGCACAUAACAUAUUGCCAGCACAGCAUACAGCAAGAUGGCGUGGCUGUUCUCGCGCGCGUCACAUACAAGUUUGUGCUCCUCCUUCGCUGUCCCAUCUCCUCAUCUCUUUCCCACCUAGGCGGGGCGGUGGGGGGGCGGCGGGCGCGGAGUGCUGGGUGCGGUGCGGUGCGUGCAAUCGUGUGUUUGGCGUCAUGUUGUGUGUGCCUUCGCUUGUUU